AUGUUUGCCGAGAUUAUCCUGCAACCAGUGGACUGGAAGCCAUCACCUCCUGAUCCCGGCCCGAUCGAACUCCCGAACGGCAAGAGGCGAUGGAGAAGAAAUCAAGUCGCCUGUGAUACAUGUCAUGCUCGACGAGUGCGAUGCGAUAUGGUAUUCUCAAACCCAUGCUCUCGCUGUAAACACAAGAAUGCAGAAUGUGCGAUAACGCGUGAGCGAAGAAAGCGCGGGCGAAGGGGAAGAGCCGAACAAGCCAAUGCAAACCAAAUACUCGAGACCUUGGGGGUGCAUGAUACCCCAACAAUCCAAGGAGAGGCGAGACAGACCGAGACGUGCUCCGUCGAUGAAUCACCACCAGUCUCGUCUCUGACUGCCACAGAUCCGACCACACGACCGGAUACACCAGGAAUCGACAAUAUUAAGGUCGGGAAUUGUUCAGCUUUGGAAACGCCUGGUUCCUGUUCAGAUACCAGCAGUUCUCAAAUCCUGGAAGAAUUGGGCAUGGGUCUUACAGAAGACUGUUUACCAACCGCCAAUCUCUUUCAAGGCUUAUUCGACUUGGGCGCAGAACACGACCUUGAUCUCCCACCACUCCCAAAUAUCUGCACUGCGGAUGACAUUACUUCAAGUCCCCAUGCAGGGAGCGAGGUACCCUCCGAGUCGUCGGUGCCCUCUCCGCCGGCAGUAGAUCUGACUUCUCCGGAUCUUGAAUCAAAAUCUCGAUCUGAUGAUAUACUAUAUGAUGCUGAAGGGGCUGAUAAUAUGUUGCUGGUGGAUUUACUGGAAAGUACUCUGUACGGAGCUAAUAUGCCGCUGUCUUUGUCUCCGACGACGACGACGACUCGGAUAGGACUCGGAAGUGAACUAUUUUGUUGA